AUGGCUCCCUCCGCAACAGAAAUCAACACCACCCCUGCCGUAGAGCAAGGGGUUGUCUUGGACACCACAGGUCUCACCGGCGACGAGCGUGCUGCCGCCCUCAAAAAGGCGAGCCAGGACCGCCCCCUCGACGUAUUCACGUACGGCGGCCACCCCAUCUCCGGUCACCAGAGAGAACCAAUCCACCAGAUCCGCAUCCCCAAGUUUGCCAGCCUCGAAGAUGAGCGCGAGUGGCGCAAGCUCCACCACGCCGCGGCCCUCCGCUGGCUAGGCCUCAACGGCUACAACAACGAGGGCGCGGGCGGACACGUGACGAUUCGCGAUCCCAUCCUAACAGACCACUUUUGGAUCAACCCGCACGGCGUGUCCUUUUCGCACAUGAAGCCCGAGGAUCUCUGCCUCGUCAACGAGGAGGGCGAGGUCGUCCAGCCGGGCAACAUGCACGCCAUCAACCCGGCCGGCUUCGCCAUCCACGUGGCCGUGCACAAGGGCCGCCCAGACGUGGUGGCGGCGUGCCACUGCCACUCGGUGCCGACCAAGGCGUUUUCCGCCCUCGGCUGCAAGCUGGAGCCCAUAAACCAGGACGCGUGCCGCUUCUACGAGGACCACGCCAUCUAUGAGGGGUUUGGCGGGAUCGUGCUGGCCCACGAAGAGGGGAGGCGUAUUGCCAACGCUCUUGGAAACAACAAGGCCGUUAUUCUGGCGAACCACGGCAUCUUGACCGUCGCGAAGAGCGUGGACGCGGCGACUUUCUUGUUCGGUGCCAUGGACCGCUGCAUCCAGGCGCAACUGCUCGCGGAUGCCGCGGCGGCGGGUAGGGGUACGGCGACGAUCAAAGUGGGCCACGAGGAGGCCCAGUACACGCGCCGGAUCUAUACCGACGAGAUGGAAUAUGUCAUGUUCCAGUCCUGCUUCGAGGAUGUUGUUAGGGCGUCGAAUGCAGCGGCUCAGGAGAGAAAGAAGCCUGCCAAGGAACGCGUGAGAAUCAGCCGCGCCUGUGAUUACUGCAAAAAGUCACGUCGACUGAGGCAGGACGCCGGGGGCAACUCGGAAACGUCCGUCUUCACUCUUGGAGAUGCUGUUCUUCCAGAAUUUGACGAGUUGUCCUUUGUGCCCCCGACGAGAGCCGAGGCCGAAGGCUUACUCAAAACGUACUUUGAGCUUGCAUCGCCGACGUAUCGCUUCCUUCAUCGCCCGACAGUGGAGCGGUGGUUGACGCAGCUCUACGAGAAUGGUAGUAUAUCCGGGAGUCACUCGCGAAGCAAAUACGCCGUCAUUCUAACCAUGUUCGCCCAAGCUGUGCGGUACACUGGGCCAGCAUCCAACACUCCGAAUGCAAAGACUGGCCUCUUUGGCACCACCGCGCGGCACAUCCUGGCUCUUGGCUUACACCGGCGAAAAGCCAAAUUCGAAGGAGGCUCCGGCGUUGGGGCCGACCUCAUCGAGGCAGAAUGCCGGAAGCGGCUAUUUUGGUGCGCGUAUAAUCUAGAUAAGUACUUGAGCGCAAUAUUCGGUCGGCCUUGCAUAUUUCACGACGACGACAUUGAUCAGGACAUGCCCGCGCUUGUAGAGGACCAGCACCUGACCGCGGAUGCGAUGACGGUGGCUCGAAACGCCAACAUGAAUGUCAUGCUCGGCCCGCUCAACCACCAAAGGCUCGGUCGCAUACUCAGCGUCAUCCUCCGUCGGUUGUACGGCAUCAAACCGCCGGGGCGAGUGAUGCAGUAUAAAAUCAUGAGCGAGCUCGCCGCGGAGGUGGAAGCGUGGCGGCGAGGGUUGCCCGCGUUCCUGGACCCCGAGCAGGUGGACUCGCGGCUGCUAAUCCCGCUUUUCCAACGUCAGAGCAAUUUGCUAACCUUGGCCAUGGGCCACGCUCGGAUCCUCAUCUACAGGCCGUGCUUGUUCAACGACUACCACCAAAAGGACACAGUCGAGACCAAGGCGAAUAUCCAAACUUGCGUUGAUGCGGCCAUGAGCAUCGUCAACGUGAUUGAUCGCAUGGUGGAGGCCGACCAAUUUUACGCGGCGUCGUGGUUUGCGCACUACCAGGCGUUUUGCGGGGUAGUUGUGCUGUACACUUAUACCAUUCGGAGCAGGUCCGAGGACGCGGCCAUGUGGAUGAAGUACUUCCGAGCCGCCGAGCGCUGCCAGGGCCAAAUCGUUUCCGUGGCCGGACUCGACUCGUUGGCCUCUCGGUUUUACGUCAUCAUGGAAGAGUUCCGAUUGGAGGUCGUGAGGCUUCUGCAGCAUUCCUCUGCCGCGCCGCCAGAUGGCGGUCCGGAUCGACAAGCCGAUUCCGCGCUACUCCCGGCUGUCGCGGGGGAGGUGAUAUGCACUGGCCUGCGAACCAGGCGCAAGCAGACCAGCUGGGGCUUUUUGAUCUUCCCAACUGGGAGCAGCUGGACUCGUUGUGCCGAGAAUUCUUGGCUGGACCUCUCCGAGAAGGCCGUUUUAAUCAAGGUAGACAAGCUCUCGCGUGAAGAAUUCAUACGCCAAUCCAAAGAAGGGGUGUAUGAUGGUGUUGUGGCCAUCUAUCGCACGUUUUACAGCGUGGAUAUCACGGGUCCCCUGGAUGAAGAGCUCAUCUUUUCCUUGCCGCAGAGCGUCAGAUUCAUUUGUCACAGCGGGGCUGGCUAUGACCAAAUCGACGUUGACGCGUGCACCAAUCGCCGAAUCCGACUAUCUCAUGUUCCCAAUGCCGUCAACGACGCCACUGCCGACACGACCAUGUUUCUAAUCCUCGGCACCAUCCGUGGCUUCGCGCAGAGCAUCACGACGGUGAAGGCGGGGCAAUGGCGCGGUGAGACGAAACCACCGCUUGGCCAUGAUCCACAGGGGAAAACGCUGGGCAUACUCGGGUGCGGUGGCGCGAAAACACGGCAUCUCAUCUCCACGGCAGAAUUUGCCCAGAUGAAGGAUGGUGUGGUGGUGGUCAACACCGCGCGAGGCGCCAUCAUCGACGAGGAGGCCUUGGUGGAAGCACUCAACAAUGGCAAGGUUUGGGCGUGCGGUCUUGACGUCUACGAAAACGAGCCGGCUAUACAUCUGGGACUGAUUUCUCACCCGCGGGCGCUCCUCCUACCGCAUCUCGGGACCUAUACCGUCGAGAUGGUCAAGGAACAAAUCAUCCAGUCGGUGGAGCCCCUCCACGUAGGCCAAUUCAUGUUUUGCCGCGUCACGACCACCGAAGGAAUCAUCGGAUACGGCGAGGCGGGCAUCUGGGGCCACAUCGAGGCGGCGGCCACCUGCAUCAAGCGGUUCGCCGAGUACCUCGUAGGCAAGCGUGCCUUCGACAUCGAGCACCACUGGAACGUGAUGCACCGAUUCAGCUACUUUCAGGGCCUGGCGAUCAACUCGGCCAUCUCGGCCAUCGACAUCGCCCUGUGGGACAUCAAGGGCAAGGCCCUCGGCGUGCCCAUUUACGAACUCCUCGGCGGCGCGUGCCGGACCAAGGCGAGGAUCUACGGCCACAUCUACGAGAGCACAAUCGAAAAAGUCCUAGAGGAGUGCAAGCGCAAGAUGGAUCUCGGCUUCACGGCCUUUGGCCACAUCAACCCUUUCCUGGACGAGGGCACGGACAAGGUCUACUUCAAGACACACGUCCAAAAGAUGCAAGACGCCAUCGAGAACGUCAAGAAGAUGCGCGCCGUGGUCGGCGACAAGGUCGAUCUCCUCGACACCCACCCCAUGCUGGUCGAGGACCCCAUCCGCCCCGAGAACGCCGACGCCAUGGCGCGCGUGGCCCACCGCAUCUCCGUGCCCGUGGGUACCGGCGAGCGCUUCUGCACGAUUUACGAGUUCCAGGCCCUCUUGGCCCGCGAGGCCGUCGAGUACGCGCGAAUCGAUGUCGCGGUCUGCGGCGGCAUCACCGGCGCCAAAGAGUACGCGACCGGUUUUGAGGCCGGCGUGUUCGAGAGCACGACAACGCACCUAGGAAGCGAUAUUGUUGACCACGUCCCUGUCCCCAAGGAAGGAUUUGUGGAUAUUCCCUCUGGUCCAGGCUUGGGUGUUAACCUGUUGCCAAAUGCGCAGGAGAUUCGCCCUGCUCUCGUGCAGCCGAUCAAGAUGAGGCCGCAUAGGGACGGGUUCAUCAUCAAGGUUGCGACGGCUACUCCCCUCAUUUGCCUCUUAGCGCCUGCUAUCGCGGCGGAUGAUUCUCCAACCUCUGUCGCCGACUUGGAAGACCCUUCCUUUAUCGGCUACUAUAUUGCACCUGAUUCAACUGAACGAUUGAGCGCAAACAAGCCAUGGGUCACCUCAGGCUCGUUCGCCGGUGACUGUGUGACGGACCCGUGCCCUCUGGUGACGGAAUGCAUCGAUGGAGAAGCCAAGUUUAAUAAUGGGCAAACAAGCGCAUGUAACGGCGAAGCUUCGUGCGUCACCAUGUCCAUCUUCCAGACUUACCCCAACGGUCGGCCCAUCGUGUACAACAUUGGAUGCCGCUUCGGCUGGAACGCCUUCACCGUGUACCGCGAGAUCCCCGCCACGACCACGUCGUCCAGCACGAGCAGCUCCUCGACCAGCAAGACGUCAUCGACGAGAACGAGCAGCACGCCGUCUCUAGUUACCGAAACUGAAACUUCGACGCCGGAAAGCCAGGCCACGGAGUCUAGCGAGGAGCCCCCAAGAGCAGUAGCAAGGCAUGGAUCGCCGGCGCCGUGGUAG